AUGGCACUUGCAUGCGAUCCUCUGUGUCACUUUGGCGGAAGACUCUACUUUACGACUUUCCACAACCCUCCGCCUAGAUCAGACAUUCUGAAUCGUCUGGCGAAUGAACAGGAUAAUACUCCGCAGGUCCGCGGGGCUCCUUCGGGAUCGUCAUCCGUCACACCCGACGAUGACGCGAAGUACUACUACUUCACGAUCGACGACCAACUACUCUAUCUAUCCUUCUUUCAAGAUUGGGGUCCUCUGAAUCUCGCAAUGGUAUAUAAGGCAUGUAUUCUUAUUCACGAACUCCUCCAGGACCAAGCGUUGUCUUCACAUCGCCUUGUUUUAUAUUCAUCGAGUGAUUCUCGCAAGAAGGCCAAUGCCGCGUUGCUUAUGGCACUUUAUGUUAUGAUUGUUCAGCAACGACCUCCAUGGGAGGCUUUCCACCCAAUUGCAGAGAUCGAGUUUAUGCCAUUCAGAGACGCUGGACGAGGACGUUCCGACUUCAAUCUCAAUAUCCAGGAUUGUCUCUGGGGCGUCUAUAAAGCCAUGCAGAACGGACUGUGUGAUAUGAACGAAUUUGAUGUGGAAGAAUACGAAUAUUACGAGAAAGUUGAGAACGGCGACUGGAACUGGAUAACACCGAACUUCAUCGCAUUUGCAUCCCCCGUAGAUCCCAUUUGGAUUAAACGCGAGAAAGAGAGGAUGGAGCAGGCGAAUUCCCCGAAUCCAAGUGCGUCACCAGCUAAAUCUGGUACAGGGAAUCUUGCCCUUCAACGGAAACUACCCACACCGUUUUUGAACUGCUUGGGCUAUUUCGAGAGACAGAAUGUCAAGCUUGUUGUACGCCUCAACAAUGCUCUGUACGACCGGCAAGUAUUCGAGGAUCGAGGCAUCAAUCAUCAAGAACUGUACUUCGAUGACGGAACAAAUCCUACCGAUGAGAUUGUCAGGAAGUUCAUUGAUAUGGCGGACGAGGUUGUGGACGCGGGUGGUGUUGUAGCUGUGCACUGCAAAGCUGGACUUGGUCGCACGGGGACGUUGAUUGGAGCAUAUCUUAUUUGGAAGUAUGGUUUUACAGCCUCUGAAGCUAUCGCUUUCAUGCGCAUAGCACGACCCGGUUGCGUGGUCGGACCGCAGCAACAGUAUAUGUACCUCAAACAACUCGAGUGGUGCAAGUGGGCCGCAUUUGAUGAGGUGAAGAAACAUCAAACAGCCUCCAUCAUGGCAGCCACUGCUAUAGUUGCUCCGGCAACACCUCCAGCAGAAGAUGAUAACCGUAUGGAGGUCACAACCGAUUCUAGUGCUGCGAUUACCACCGUGCUAGUAGAGCCUACAACGCCGCCACCUGCGCUCCCGCCUGUUACCCCUAACAAACAUGUCGUACGCGCCACUGCUCAGGCUCGUGAGAUUACACCACCACCUCAGCCGCGUAAGACGCCCGUUGCGAAAAGACUAGCGUCGGAUUCAGACCUUGAGGAAGAGGAUGACCUACUUCCUGCUUUAGGAGUUGCUCCGGCACCCGUCAGGCGCGUCAAGACGAAGUCGUCUUCAAUCCGCACGCCCGGAACUCGCAUUAGCGCGUCUGAGCAGCGCCCGACGAGGGUCACGCGGUCUGCUGCAAGUAUUGCAACACGGAAGGUAGGCAACGCGCUUGGGGUCGCAAAAUCCGCCAAGACAAAUGGGCCGUCACCGAACAAAAUCCCUCGCCUUGCGAACGGCACGAGCGCACGCGGUACUGCAACAGGCGCGAAGACGACCGUUCCCUCCACCACACGGCAGCUUAGACAUCCACCGUCGCCCACCCCCUCGCGUUUGCCCACCCUAGUGGCUAAGCGGGCACAUCAUGGUUCUACGACUUCAGUCCAUGAAGGGCCGGCGGCGGUGGCGGCGGCAGUUAAGUCUGCCGUUGCAGCUGCAGAUGCGUGGAUGACGAACAAUGUGGCGGCGGUGGUAGUGCCCGGUUCGAAAUCAGAACGACCAAACCUGCGGAGUGUGCGGCGGAGGAGAAGUAGCUUCAGUUCGGCCGACGUUGUCGCAUGA